UUUUGUCCGCAUAGGGGCGCCAGUAAACUGAUCCAUUUCCAUAUCUAAAACGCGAAAUCGAAUUGUCCAAUCAUUAAUAUUUAUCUACAUAUUUAAGGUUAUAGAAAAAUUUUUUAAAAAUUAUGUGAUUGGUUGGGAGAUAAAAACAUAUACAAAGGACAAGCAGCUAAAACUGUUUGAAGAUUUUAAACUUGCCUAGUUGGCCUAUAAAAGGAUGUCUGCUGAAGAAAAUUUUGAACAGUUUGAGGAUGAAGAGGCAGAAAUUCCAAUCGGCGGGACUCUGCCUGGUGGAAGAAAACGUCUCUUCUCCAAGGAACUGCGAUGCAUGAUGUAUGGCUUCGGCGACGAUCAGAAUCCUUAUACAGAGAGCGUCGACUUGUUGGAGGAUUUGGUUAUCGAAUUCAUAACAGAGAUGACACAUCGAGCCAUGGAGAUUGGACGUACAGGACGAGUUCAAGUAGAAGAUAUUGUCUUUUUAGUAAGAAAGGAUGCCAGGAAGUACGCCAGAGUGAAAGAUCUCUUGACAAUGAACGAGGAACUUAAGAAAGCAAGAAAGGCUUUUGACGAGGUUAAAUAUGCAGAUAAAUAGCAAAAUUUGUUUUAUAUUCUUAAAUGGUAUAGCUAUACAAAAAGAAGCAAUAGGCAGAUUAAAUUUAUUUUUAAUAAGUAAACGAUAAAAUAGUAAAAUAAAAUUUUGCACGACUGAAAAAUUAUGUAAUAUGCUUUGAUAAGAAAAAAAGGAGAAAACGCCGCUUUCCAGAAGUGCCUUUUAUAUAAUGCAAGAAAAUAAGUUUCUUUGAUUAGUUAGAUAAAUUUUAUAUAUAUAUACUUUAUUUGUAUCUUUUUAAUAAAAUAAUAUAUAUGUUUCGUAGCAAAAAUGUACAUUGUACGUUUAAUAUACAAAUACAGCUCUUCACAACAUA